AUGGCUCACUCUGCUGUUUGGUUCUCCCACCCCCGCAAGUACGGAAAGGGUUCUCGCCAGUGCCGUGUGUGCGCGCACCAGGCCGGUCUCAUCCGCAAGUACAACCUGAACAUCUGCCGUCAGUGCUUCCGCGAGUACUCUAAGGACAUUGGUUUCAUUAAGGUGAGAAAAAGAGUCCGACGGAGGAAUUGCGAAGGCGGGCUAGGAAUUGCGAAGCGGUGA